GGCUCUUCCCGUGCCCCUACCAGAGGCUUCGGUGGGCCCACCUUGUGACCUCCGCGGCCGGCUCCUCAGUGGAACUGCGGCCCACGCGGGGGGCGUCCCGACCGUGGGGGCCGCGGCCCGCGCUGACCCUGGACGUCGCCGCGCAGGUACGUUGCCGUCCCCCGGCGGUCUGACCCCCGAGACAGCCCCUAGUGCAUACCCCACGCCCUCCUCCAUUGUCGAGAAUGAGACACGGCUGUGCCUUUGUCCACGUGGUAGAGUUGCCGCCGCGGUGAGGCUCUCGCCUGUGCAAAAAGCGUGGCAGCGAAUUCUCAUCAACGAGGGGAGGCGCGUCCCCUCACAGCGCAGCUCUCGGGUCUGAGGAGGGCCGGGCAGGGCGUGCGUCUGUCUAGGUUUGAAUUAAAGGCGACUCACAGGAAAUAAGGCCAUGCCACUGUGGUAGCUUUUCCCGUCCAUCUCCGGACACUCGACGGUGUGGGUCGUGCGAGGAGGCGGCAGUCUUCACAGCCUCUUACUCUAGUCCUCACGGUCAGGUUCUUUUUCCGAUUUGACACAGACAGCGGGACUGACGACCUCAUAGGUAGCUGAAAACCCCCCUGGUUCCCCAAGGCAGAGUAAAUACCCUGGUGGAGCCCUCCUUCCAUAGAACCAGAGAUGGCAUCUGUGGAUUUCAAGACCUAUGUGGAUCAGGCCUGCAGAGCUGCUGAGGAGUUUGUCAAUGUCUACUACACCACCAUGGAUAAGCGGCGGCGUUUGCUGUCCCGCCUGUACAUGGGCACAGCCACCCUGGUCUGGAAUGGCAAUGCUGUUUCAGGACAAGAAUCCUUGAGUGAGUUUUUUGAAAUGUUGCCUUCCAGCGAGUUCCAAAUCAGUGUGGUAGACUGCCAGCCUGUUCAUGAUGAAGCCACACCGAGCCAGACCACGGUCCUUGUUGUGAUCUGUGGAUCAGUGAAGUUUGAGGGGAACAAACAACGGGACUUCAACCAGAACUUCAUCCUGACCGCCCAGGCCUCACCCAGCAACACAGUGUGGAAGAUCGCAAGUGACUGCUUCCGCUUCCAGGACUGGGCCAGCUAGUGGGGGUGGCAGAGGUCUCUUUGCUUCAUUCAGCCCUAGCUCUGUAGAGAAAUGCAAACCUCGACUCUCAAGGAUGUGAGGAACACAAGUUCAUUUCUGUUGUUGCGGAGACACUGCAGACUCCACUGUGCUGAGGUUGAACUCUUUUUUGUUGCUCAAGUUCUAGGAGUCCCUUUCCUGAAUAUAUACUUGUUUGUCAUAGUUUCCUUUUCAAAGUAGUAAACUUUUCUAUUUUUCUACUUGCCCAGUAGAGACUCUGAUUCUGGAAAUUCUGACAAAUAAUUUAAUAAUACACAUGUUGCUUCUU